CAAGGACUUCACUUGUGAACUAGUACUAUAUGAGUUCAACACUUUACCACAAGUUUCUAAGUUAGUUUUCUUAUUUGAAACAGGCUUUUAUUGAGAGGGUUUCUUUCCACGGGCUUGCAUUUUGCAAUGGCUGGAAGAAAGACAAGAGCAGCCAUAGGAAUAGAUUUAGGAACAACAUAUUCAUGUGUAGCAGUAUGGAAGAAUGAGCGUGUUGAGAUUAUCUCUAAUGAUCAAGGAAAUCGUAUUACCCCUUCUUAUGUUGCUUUUAAUGAUUCGAUACGUAUGAUUGGUGAAGCUGCUAGAAAUCAAGUUGCUAGGAAUCCUACCAACACUGUUUUCAAUGUGAAACGUUUGAUUGGCAGGAAAAUAAGCGAUAGCCUCGUUCAGAGAGAUAUCAAGAUGUGGCCAUUUAGAGUAAUUGCUGGCCAAAAGAAUAAACUCAUGAUUCAAGUCAAUUAUAAGGGAAAGGAAAUACAGUUAACCAGUGAGGAAAUUUCAGCCAUGGUUCUCCUUAAGAUGCGAGAAACUGCCGAAGCUUAUCUUGGUUCAAGUGUUCAGGAUGCUGUUAUUACAGUUCCUGCUUACUUCAAUGAUUCUCAGCGUCAAGCUACUUUAGAUGCUGGGAAAAUUGCUGGCCUCAAUGUACUGCGGAUCAUCAAUGAACCCACAGCGGCUGGAAUAGCAUACGGUUUUGAGAAGAAGGCUUUUGGGGCUUCUGCCAGGAAUGUUCUUAUCUUUGAUCUUGGCGGUGGAAGUUGCGAUGUUUCGCUACUCAAUAUUAACAAUAAUACUUAUGAUGUCAAGGCUACGUACGGAGAUACCCAUCUGGGAGGGAAGGACUUUGAUGACAGGAUGUUAGAGCAUUUUGUUAGGAAGUUCAAGACGCAACACAAGAAGGAUAUUAGUGGAUGCUCAAAGGCUCUUAGCAGGUUGAGAACAUCUUGCGAGAGCGCAAAGAGGAUCCUCACAUACACUACUCGGGCAACCGUAGAAGUUUAUAGCUUGUAUGAAGGAGCCAACUUUCGUGCAACCAUUAGCCGUGCUCAGUUUGAACUGUUGAACAUGGAUUUGUUCCAAAAAUGUAUGGGACUUGUUCAGAAGUGUUUGGUUAUUGCUGAGAUGGACAAGUACAGUGUUGACGAAAUUGUCCUCGUUGGUGGAUCCACUAGAAUUCCAAUGGUUCAGUAUCUAUUGAAGGAUCUCUUCAAUGGUAAGGAUCUCUACAAGGGUUUCGACCCUGAUGAGGCUGUGGCAUAUGGAGCUGCAGUGCAAGCUGCUAUUUUGAGUGGUGAGUAUAAUAAAAAGGUGCAGGAUUUGGUCUUGUUGGAUGUCACCCCUUUUACUCUUUUUAUUGAGCCAGAAGAAGGUCCUGCGAAUGUGUUUAUCCAUCGGAAGACAACCAUUCCCACCAAGAAUAAACAGGUUUACACUCUCUGUAAGGAAAACAAUAAAAACAGUACAAGUCUUAAGAUUAAUGUGUAUGAGAUGGGUGAUAAAUAUAUAACCAGUGUGGACAACUUGUUAGGUGAGUUUGAGUUGACAAGGUUUUCUGCAGAAAAUUCUGAUAUUAGUAAUUCGUUUCCGGUGUGCUAUGAGGUCGAUGCGAACGGUAUAUUCUAUGUUACUGUUGAGGACAUGCACACAGGGAAUAAAGAUAGUGUCAGAGUUUCAGAUGAUGUAAGAAGGUUGUCACAGGCUGAGAUUGAUAGGUUGAUUCGAAAGGCUGAGCUGUACAAGUUAGAAGAUGAAAAACUUCAGAAGAAGGUGGAGGCAAGGAACUCAUUUGAGAAUUACUCAUACGAAAUCCGGAACAAGAUCAAUAAUGGAGGUAAGGCAACACUGACUGAAAAGAUGGACAUCAUGGAUGCAUUCAACCACUCUAUGGAAUGGUUGGAUAAAUUAGCUGACCUAGAGCAUAUCCAAAACAUGUGGAAUACAUUGCAAAACAUUUGCGGACCUGAUUUCACCAUGGUGUACCAGUUAGGUGGUUCCGGUUCGGUCACAGGUGCUGCCUAUCCUGACAUGGGUGCCGAUCCUAGCAUGGGUGCUGCCUAUCCUGACACAACUUUGACGUACCAAUUGGGUGGUCCUGGUCCUGACAUGAGUUCUGUUCCCAACAUGGAUGCUGCCUAUCCUGACAUAACUACGAUGUACCAGUCGGGUGGUGCCAAUCCUGCCAUGGGCGCUGCCUAUCCUGGCACGGAUGAUGCUCAACCUGAGACCGAUGAAUUUGAGGAAAUAUUUGAGUGUUGCUGCAGUUGAAUUUUGUUUUCUUUUUUAUAAUUGUUGGCUUGAUGUAUCUAAGUGCUUGUGUUAGCAAUCUGAUAGUCUUAUAGGAGUAAUUCCUUUCUUGGCAUUGCAUUUUGCGGAAUCAGAAAUUAUUACUCACUUGCAAAGCCCUACAAGUGUUGCCAGUUGCAUUUUAGUCAUUGCAGAAGGCACAUUCAUUUACUUUCUUGUGAGAAUUCUCAUCUGAGAAAUGGAUAUUUCUAUACAUGAAAUGUCCUUUGCAUCUUAAACGUGGUUGCUCUUUAUAGCUCUCUAAGCUAAAAUAAAUGUGUUAUUACCGAUCAA